AUGCGUGAGGGAAAACUUCAAUACCGUACCCACACGCCUCUUAUCCCAGUCAUCCCUGGCCUUCCCGAGGACCCAGCCGCAAGGAUGGAAUCUCGUAGAUCCUCGGCAGAGAUACUCAAGAUCAUCCUCGUGUUCAUAUACUUGUCACGGGACGUCGCCUCCGUCGAUUUGAUCCCCUAUUUCCGCGUGCAUCCUGGGCAAAGAUACGAGAAUGUGACGUCAGAAUCUCAGGAGCUCAGUCUCGGAUCUUGCACCGUAAAUUGUGUGCUGCAGGAACCGAGUGCCUGCUCCGCCUUCAACUAUCGGGAGACAGAUGGUUCGUGCCAGUUGAUUCUCAACGGGAAGAGCAAGCUUGUUGAAGCCAAUGGAUACCUGUCCUACGUCCAGAAGUAUCCCAUGAUCGAGAACGCGAAGGUGUCCUUCGAGAAAUGGAGCGGAGAAUAUCCAGCACCAGCAGGAGUGAACGUCAUUUUACGUUGUGAACAUCCGAAUGGGUUCUCGGAUGGAGCUCAUCUCCACACUGUUCAAUGCGCUUCCUUCAUGCCAGAUUCUUGGCAAUUCUCCUUCCGGAAGAGUGCGGUGCAAUGUGAGGAAGUGCAUUUGUAUCCAGAAUGUCGUUUGACAGAAAAGGGCAAGGAAUACGUUGGAGGAAUGAGCGUGACGGAAUCGGGCAAGAAGUGCCUCUUCUGGAGAGAUUAUCCCUAUGGAAGACCGGAUGACUUCUCGAAUAUCCCAUUAAUAAUUAACGAAUAUAUUCCUGGCGAAUGGAUUUCUGAUCUGGAACCAGGAAUACCGUCAUAUGACUUAUUAUACGAGAGCCACUUCCUUAAUCGAGACUCCGUGUCUCACCGCAACUACUGCCGGAAUCCAUCCGGGAGGGAGAGACCCUGGUGCUUCGUUUCCGACCCUGAUAUCAAGUGGGAAUACUGCAACAUCCCUUUUUGCACUGACGCAGUCGCACCGGAGUGCAAAGUGACUCGAUGGGGAGGGGAAUACGUGGGCACGAAGAACGUGACAAUCCAAGGAUGGCCCUGCCUGCCUUGGAAAAACCAAGAAGAUAUUAAAAAUCUCCUCCUGGCUUUCCCUGAUCCCGAUCGCGUUGACGAAGAUCACAACUUCUGCAGAAACCCAAAUGUGGAACAUGGAUCCAUCAUUUAUAACCUCAAUCCAAACGAAGCUCCUUGGUGCUACCUGGAUUCUAGGGGGAAAUAUCCGGUUGAAACCACGUGGGCUUUCUGCGACAUCCCGUUCUGCGACGUGGGAGAUGAAAUACCUAAAGCCGGGACUGGAGUAUAUCCAGAAUGCCGACUGUCAGAAAAGGGAAGGGAAUACGUGGGGAGCCAGAACAAGACAGAAACUGGCACGGCUUGUCUACCAUGGUAUCCUCGACCAUACAAAAUCCCUAUGGAUUUUUACCCCAAAGGUUUUCGAUACGAAAUAUAUUUCAUGGAAACCUUCGGGUGGGAUGAAACAAUCAACAGCCACAACCACUGCCGAAAUCCAGGUGUGGACAGGGAGCGACCAUGGUGCUUCGUCUCCGACAGUGACAUACAGUGGGAGUACUGCGACAUCCCCUUCUGCCAAGACCUCAGUUAG